AUUGUUGCAGCACUGGGAAGUUCAGUUGUUGGACAAUCCAGCUUAUCAGUAUCACCACCUUCAGCCAAUACUAGGACUGUAUACUUUUGUAGACUGGCUUGCUUCAAGUUGGUUGUGGUGUCCUGGUGACGCAGUGGCUGCAACUUGGAAACUGCAGUGAACUUGGAGUGCAUCCACUCACCACUCACACGCCGAGUCGCUACAUCCAGCCUGAGCACCACUGACUGCAGUCUAUCUCAUUGCGUCGUCGUGUCCCAUGUGCAUGCGGAACUUGACCUUGCGACACCUCCACCGACCACACAUGCUCCCCUGCUUCCUACCAUAAUUCAUCCAACCGAUCUAUCCUCUUCUUUCACCAAUCCAACGAAUCCAUCUCUUGCUCCCGUAAUCCUGCUCGACCUGUUUGCUGCAUUCGUCAAGCGAAACAGCAAUCUGCCUCGAUCUCUGCAUUGGCAGAGAACCUGCCUCUAAGAGUUGGUCUGUUUACACACGGGAAUUAUUCUGGAGGUGGAGAGAAGUUUCCCAAUCUACCACACGCACGCUGCUGCGAUGGCGGUGGUUGAGAAUGGAAAGCCGGUAGAGAACGUCAAAGACAGACCGAAUGGACAUGUCACCGGCCAUAUUGUACGCCGCGCACCUCGUCGUCGCCAGAGCUGGACGUUCUGGAUCUCCAACAAUCUUGCCAGGCUUACCAUCUGGUAUACCCUCCUGACCGUUAUCUUUCGAUGUCCCUCUACACCUCAGGGACUCACAGACACCUCGCCGCAAGUGUGUCGGUCCUAUUUGUCUGCAAAAGCAUAUGUCCAGCCUCAUAUCCAGCCGUACUACGAUGAAUAUGCGGCUCCCUAUGUUGCCGUUGCUCAGCCAUAUGCAAACACCCUGAACAAGCGAGUGGUCCAGCCCGCGACGGUGUUUGCCAGGCGUAGUUACGAGAAGUUCGCCGCUCCUCAAAUUGAUGCGGCAAAAAUCUAUUCACAGGCUCAAUGGGAGAAGUCGGUUGUGCCACAGAUCAAUGUUGCGAGAGGGAAUGCCGCAAAAAUAUAUGAUGCGAACCUUGCUCCCCAUGUGAAUAAGGUCACUGCAGUGGUUGGUCCUUAUUACACUACAACCCGAGAUUCAGCCCAGAAGAUCUACAAGGACCACAUCCUUCCUUUUGUUCAAUAUGCUCGCCCGCAUCUCCAGGAGGCCUACAACAGCACACAAGCGUUCAUCUCCAGCACAGCAUAUCCAGUGGCAAGACGUGCGUGGUCCGAACUGAUCAUCUUUGUGGACGGAACGCUAUGGCCUAUGGUAAAAGGCUUGUACAUUGACAAUGUCAGGCCUCAGCUUGUCAUGAUCAAUGAGAGGAUCGCCAAAUACCAGGAAAGCCGCAAGCUGAAAGCUGUAAUGGAUGAAGUUGAUCAUUCACAGUCGGUGACCGCUUCGACCACAACCGCAACUCCAAGUGCAACGGCCAAGGUGGACGAUGUAUAUGCAAUAUUUGACACUGAUGAUGAGUCAAUUUCUUCGACCGUGACCGGUGAGGAGCCUCAGUCAACGGUUCAGGCCCCUGUCAGACCGCCGCCGGAGGUUGUCACGGAAGAGAAGAUCUCUGAAGAUCUCAUAAACUGGCAGAAAAAGUUUGCCGCGGCAGCAGACAAAGGAAGUGAGGACCUCCGUGAGCGAGUCGCCUCCAUAGUCAGCAGCCUUGUCAAGAGUGAUAUCGAUGGGGUUGGUCGACGAUUGAAGACGGCCUUGGAAACCACAAUCGAGAACGAACUGAGCAAUGUCAAGACCAAGACCAAGUCCAUAAUCGCAGCCUUACCCGAUGACGCAAGCUCCGAAGAGGUCAAGAAGGCAGCAGAGGAUAUUCUCUCCAACAUCAGAGCCUCCGGCGCCGAGAUUAAAGAGCGGGCUAAGAAUCUUCGGGAUUGGGCUCAUAACUUUGAGACAAGCCUAAUGCAGCGCCUUGCUGCCGCCUCUGCAUCUACUUUGGAAGUGCUGGACGGUAUCAAGGACCUCGGCUUACAAGAGGUAGGCAUGCGUUGGGCAUGGAUGGAAGGCGUCACCUACAAACACUGGGAGAAAUUCCACGACGUAAGAAAGCAACUCGACGAAUGGAAAGCUGAGGUUCGCAAUGUUGCCAUGGAACAUCCAGAUGCGCAAGAAGCCAUCGCUACCGCUCGACAAAUCACCGAGGAAAGCAUGGCCAUCACUGAAGAUGCUGCCAAAGAGCUGGUCAGACUCAAAGGUGUCGCACAGUGGAAGUUGAAGGCACGCGACGCAUCGGACGAUUUCGAGACAAGAAAUGUUCCCGCAGGAGCAGUUUCUGCAGCAUCGAGUCUUGGCGCCGACCUUCAGGACGCAACCUCUCAAGGGGUUAGCUCAGCGCAGUCUGUCAUGUCCCAAGCGAGUGAAGCUGCUGAAGCCGCGGUGUCUUCUGCUUCAUCAGCCAUUGCGGGCACCAGUACAGGGAGUGUGGAAUCCGCAACUUCCAAGGCGAGUCAAGUGGCACACGAUGCUGCCUCGCGAGCUUCGUCUGCUCUGCCAGUGGAUUCUGUGAAAUCUGUUGCCUCCCAAGCCAAGGAUUCCGCCGAACAUGCAUAUGAGUCUUCUUCUUCUGUGCUUGGCAGUGGCACAGGUACUGUUAUUCCUGAGGCUGCAUCGUCGGCUUCGAGCUUAGCCGACGACGUCUUGGACUCCGCCAGCUCUGCGACCAGCGUCGUGGCAAGCUCUGCAUCUUCGCUUUUGGAAAGUCUUUCUUCUGAAUCCACAUCUGUGAGCUCGAACAUCGACUCUGAGGCAGCGGAGCUGGCCAGUUCUGCCUCGUCCGCAGCAGAUUCAGGCACAGAGCAGGUGUCUACCAAAGUAUUUGCUGGUGCCGUGGCGCAAAAGGUCAAAGGCACUGCCCCUAUUUUGGAUGAUUCCUUUGAUGACGACGAUGAUUCAACGUUUUCAGAGAAGGUUCAGAGCAUGAUUCACGAUGCUGGGGAUAGAUAUGCUGAAGUCACACGAGCGGUGUCGGAGGCAAUGUUUGGUACUACUACCACUCAAGGCACCGUGGAGAGCAUGACGUCCGUGGCCAGUGAACAAUAUGCGAGCGCCCUGUCUGCUGCCUCGAGCGUACUUUACGGUACCCCUCAAGGCACAGCCGAGAGCAUCGCCAGCGUUGCUUCCGAUCGGUAUUCCCAAGCUGUUUUGGCUGCCAGUUCCGCCAUAUAUGGCACACCGACCCCAGUCACCGAGUCACUGCUCCAACAGGCCAGCUCACUGUACAGUGAUGCUGUCAGCAGAGCUGAGGACAAUUACAGUGCCGCCAAAUCAGUCGUCUCCCAGCAGAUAUCGGGGACGCCCAAGCCGGUCCAUGAGGAGAUGUUUUCCUCCAUUGAUUCGGCAUAUUCCGGUGCCGUAGAAGCAGCCAGCAGCAGACUCGAUUCUGCCCGUCGUGCUGCUUCUGACCAAUAUGCUUCCCUCAGUAAAGGGGCUUCGAGCGCCAUACCGACGUCCAACCCUCUGGUUUCCGUCUCAUCAUUGGCAUCCUCGGUCUUGCAGGACUCCCUGGCUGCAGCAUCGUCGCAAUACUCCAGGGCGAAGGUUGCUGUAGGUGCCACCCCGGCACCUGCUCGCGAGCGGUAUCUCAAGGAGGCACAAAAGAACUACUACGCCGCCAUCGGCAUGGCUCAUGAACAGUAUUCUGAGUUUAUCAAGACCGCCUCGAGCGCCAUUUACGGCACUCCCACUCCCGUUCUAAGCAGCAUGUCUAGUGCCGCUUCUGCUGCGGUAUAUGGCACUCCAGUUCCAGCCUACCAAAGCAUGAUUGACGCUGCCGCCUCUCAGUAUUCGGCUGCAACCUCUGCGGCGGCUGCCAGUUUCGACGCCUACAAGUCAUCAAUCAGCUCAGCAGCUUCGCCAUCACAAGGUCUACUGGAUGAUGCCAAGGCAGCAUACUCUAAUGCCUUGGAAGCCGCUGCCUCAUCCUUAUCAUCUGCUUCAUGUGCCGCAAGCACUGCAAUCUAUGGCACACCUGCCCCAUUUUACCAGACCGCUUUGGAUUCAGCUUCCUCACAAUAUGAAUCUGCCACCUCUGCUGCAUCUUACCGUAUGUCCGUCAUGCUGCAGUCGGCGAGUUCGGCGCUAGGCAAACGGGAAAAGUCACCAGCACAAAGUGUCCUUGAUGACAUUUCAUCUCAGUACGAUGCUGCGAUUCAAGCCGCUUCUUCAUCCCUCUCUGCCGCUAGCUUCGCCGCCAGUACCGCCAUGUAUGGAACUCCCACGGGCUCCAUUGAGUCUCUGUCAAGCGUCGCAUCGCAGAACUGGGAAGCUCUUGUCUCCAAAGCUAGCGAACAAAUUUACGGUUCGCCCAAACCGUUCCUCGACCAACUGGCCACCCAGGCAGGCGAUUACUCUGCUCAAGUGACAGACUACGCUGGCGAUAAAUAUGUUAUUGUCCAGUCUUUUGUCUCCGAACUCAUUGUCGGGAGAGAGCCUGAUUUUACCGAGUCAGUUAUGAGCAGGCUGAGUUCGGCAUACCACGGUGGUUACGCUUCGGCGUCAAGCUUCGCUAGUGAUGCUUAUGAGUCGGCGUCUUCGGUUGCAUCCUCAGUAUCGUCUGUUGCCUCGGACUUUUUCACCCCGCCACCUCAGGUAACCUCUGUCAUUGACUCCGUGAAUGACCAGCUCAACUCACUGGUCGAUGCGGCAAGCGUCCAGAUCUAUGGUACCACGAAGGGGACGGUUGAACAGGCAACUUCGGCCGUUGCAGAUUCAUACUCGUCUGUCAGCGCUGGAAUAAGUGAAGCCAUUUACGGAACACCGGUUGGCUACGCGGAAGCAGCCCAGUCGUCUAUUGUCGACGUGGCGAAGAGCGCACAGGAUGCUCUCUCCAUUGCCAUCUACGGCACGCCCACGGGACCAGUAGAGUCUGCCACCAGUGUCGUGGCUGAUUCGUUCGCGGCGGUGACUUCGGCAGUGGCGGACAAUGUGUCGGCUGCAGCCUCGGCGGUCGGCGACGUCACAGAUUCAGCCGCAAGUGUGGCUGGGAAUGUUCAGGCAAAGAUAUCCGAGGCCAUUUAUGGACCCGAGCAAGGUGCCUUGGAAAGUGCUCAGUCAAGGGUCUCCGAAGCCGUGGAGAGUGCUCGAAGUGCAAUUGCUUCACUGGCAAGUAAUGCCGGAGCGAGUGGAUCUCAAGUCGCAAGUGCCAUCAGCAGUAAUGUGGAGGACAUUGGGAGCGCAGUCAGCAGCUCAGUCAGCAGUGCAGCCAAGUACGUCAAGAAGGACGAGCUGUGAAGGAGGGAGUGAAUGAAUGAUCGAGUUGUUUUAGCGGAACGAACAAGCUCUGCCUUGCCAAUGCAAAACCGAUUUUAACAGAACGCCUGCAACUGGGGAGGCGAGGCUGUCGAGGACAAAAUGGAGAGCGAAGUCUGCCCCUGAAAAGGGCUUGAUGUCAGCUCACGUCUACAAGAGGGGCAAUAGGAGAAACGGCCUCUGGGAGCAAAAUUCUAUGCUAGGAAUGGCGAAUCGAGUCGAAUCGGACCAGGUCUAUUAUAACCCAUCCCUCCAGACUUGGUGAUCAGAAUGGAAUGCGUGCGUUCACUGUUUCGUUCGGUACCGGAAAGCGACGUUUUGGUUUGGGCUUUCCUUUUCCUUGUUGCUUUUGUACGCGAGUUGACUCCUCUUGCCUCCUGUAUGUAUGUACCUUAGCUAGGUAUUCCUGGACAGGGAACCUAGAUUAAUGCCGUCAACGUCAACGUCUUGCAAUAUCUGUUCAAACGAAGAAACUUAUGUUCGUGAAGUACUACAAGUACUCGGUCUCGGUAGGAGCUACAUACAGUAGUUCCAAGUUGAGCCGGGAUAGCUGGCUCCCAUGUAAGGUAUGAAUGGAUGGGAAAUGGGCCCAGGUCAUCAGUCCAAAAAGACUUUUGUGUGCAGUGUCUGAACAGAUCAGUCGGUCAUUAU